CUACCCGCCCUGGACUUCCAGCCUGCGGGCAUCGGGCCCGGACUCUGCUCACUUACAGAGGAUAAGAAGAGGUUGGAUGGUUUUGAUGACUGGAAAUUGCCAAGUAAUGCUUCAGGUGACAUUCAAUGAUGUGGCUGUAGACUUCUCUCAUGAAGAGUGGGCACGGCUAAACGCUGCGCAGAGAGACUUAUACAAGGAGGUGAUGGUCCAGAAUUAUGAGAACCUAGUCUCUCUAGGUCUUUCUGCAGCUAAGCCAUGUGUGAUCACUUUGCUGGAGGAUGGAAAAGAGCCUUGGAUGGUGGAGAAAAAACUGUCAAAAGAUUGGGAGUCAAAACGGAAAAGCCGGGACUUGUCAACAGAGAAGGAUGCUUAUCAUCAAGAUUCACCCCAAGCAAACAUGGAAAAACCUGUAAAGCAAAGCUGUGACUUUCCAAAUGUUAACAAGGACCGGGAACACAUGGAGGGGCUGGAGGGGAAGCUUGAAGGUCAAGAACAAUACAGAGCUGUGACUGUAACCUGCAGAGACAGCCCUAUGGGGGACAGGUUCUACAGAUAUGAUACAGGCAGAAGCACCUUCCAUAGGAACUCUGCUCUUUCUGAACCACACAGAAUUUCUCUGGAAGAAGAUACACUGAAGACAAGCUUAUCAAAAAUGUCAGUCAUAAAAAAUGAGAAAAUGAGUGGCAGAAAGAAAUUUCCAAAUUCUAAUGAAAGUGCGGCGGCCCGCAACCAGAGCAAACUGCUAAGCCUUCACCAGACUGUAUGUAACAGAGAGAAAAUCUACACGUGUGGAGAGUGUGGGAAAGCCUUUGGUAAACAGUCCAUCCUUAAUCGCCACUGGAGAGUUCACACGGGAGAGAAGCCCUAUGAGUGUCGCGAAUGCGGGAAGGCCUUUAGCCACGGCUCAUCCCUCACUCGACAUCGGAUAAGCCACAGUGGAGAGAAACCUUUCAAAUGUGCUGAAUGCGGGAAGGCCUUCAGUCAUGUCUCAUCACUCACUAACCAUCAAAGCACUCACACCGGAGAGAAGCCGUAUGAGUGUACGAACUGUGGCAAGUCUUUCAGCCGCGUCUCCCAUCUCAUUGAACAUCUGAGAAUUCAUACUCAAGAAAAACUCUAUGAAUGUCGAAUGUGUGGGAAGGCUUUCAUUCACAGAUCGUCUCUCAUUCAUCAUAAAAAGAUCCAUACCGGAGAGAAACCUUACGGAUGCCGUGAAUGUGGGAAAACUUUUUGCUGUAGCUCCCACCUCACUCGACAUCAAAGAAGCCACACGAUCGAGAAGCAUUAUGAAUGCAACAAGUGUCUGAAGACCUUCAGUAGCCUGCCGUUUCUUACUCAGCACCAGAGUAUUCACACCGAAGAAAGACCCUUUGAAUGUCAGAAAUGCAGAAAGUCCUUCAACCAGCCCGAAUCGCUAGAUAUGCAUUUGAGAAAUCACAUCAGAUUGAAACCUUAUGAGUGUAGUAUUUGUGGGAAAGCCUUCAGUCACAGGUCAUCCGUUCUUCAACAUCACAGAAUUCAUACUGGAGAGAAACCUUAUGAAUGUCUUAAAUGUGGGAAGACCUUUAGCUGUAGUUCCAACCUUACCGUACAUCAGAGAACUCAUACUGGUGAAAAGCCAUACAAGUGUAAUGAAUGUGGAAAAGCUUUUAGUAAAGGUUCGAAUCUCACCGCCCAUCAGAGAAUACAUAAUGGAGAUAAACGCAACCGUGCAGUAAAUAUGGAAAAGUCAUUAGACCAUCUGAAUCACUAUACGUGUGAGGGAUCACAUGGAAAUGAAAGUAUAUAGAGCAGUAUUUUUCAUAAUAAAUUUCAGCUGUAGAUCCUAAUUCAGCACCAUAUUUUUACUGGAGAAAGGUUUUAUGAAUGUAGUGAAUGUGGGGAUACCCUUAGCAAUGAUGCAAACUGUAUUGCCACUUCUAAUUCAUUUGUAGAGGAACUCGAAAGGCAAUACAUGGGAGAAACUCCUACUGAGCAUUAAUACCUUAAUGGGUGUAUGUAAAUGACACUAAGAAAAAAAUCCCAUAUCCAUAUAGCAGUGUGAGAAAGACUAGGUGAUAUGCGCCCACGACAGGAAAGAGGCUGCAUGAAUAUAGAAAAAUGGAAAUUGGAAAUCCUGCAUUUUAAGUGCUUUCCUCAUUCUACAUUAAAGAACUCAUACUUGGAAAAAAUUGAUGCGAGACAUGUUGCAAAGUAUUCAGCUUUAAGAGUUAUCUGACUAGACAUGAGAAGAUAAAUGGAAAACCUGAGGAAAGUAGGAAUUAUGUCUCAACCUUGUUUUACAGCUACACUGUAAUCCUAUAGGAGAGCAAGCAGGUUUAUUAUAAAUAUGCAUUCAAUAUAGCAGUAGCUUAAAUUUGACUCAUGUCCUAUAUAAAGGUUAGUUUUAGCUAAUGGUUAUAUGAACAUAUUUAGCCAUCCCAUAGUUCCAGUAAAUAUUACAAUGUUGAAAAUUAAAGCUGCAGAAGAAGCAAAAAUGGUGUUAAUUUUUGGUCUCGGUUGAGACUAUUUUAUAUAUAGUGAACUCUUUGUGACUUUUGAAAAACAGGUGACUACUUCUUGGAGAAUUAAUUUUUGCCUUAAAACCGUCUUUAGAGCAGGAGACCAGCACAUUUAGAGGAACUGACUCAAAAUGAUAUUGUUUUCAAAUUAUACCAUUUUGGUGAGGAUAACUCAGUGUCCGUAAACAGUGGACUCAGCUUGUAUGUUUUAAGAGGUUUGCACAGGCCAGAGUACAGUGUGUUCUCAGCUUCAGUGAGGUGUCAGCAUCUUGGGAAGGACUUGCCAAGUGGUGACUGCUGACCCACCCACCUGCAGAGUUUUUAUUUCACUUGGUCUGAGUUGAAGCCGCAAAUGUGUGUUGUCCAUCAGUUCUCAGGAAACACUAAUGUUCUCUGUCCAGAAAACACAUAUUGAUAACCAUGAUGAUAAUAAGACAAGUGUAGUUUUUCUGAAGGAGGCAGCAAGUGAUUUGAAGUAAUUUUUACAAGUCUGUGAGACCGUA